AUGGACGUGAAGAAGAGUAAGAAGAAACCAGAAUUGAUAGAACAGUUAUAUGUUGGGAAUUACAUUGAUGUUUUCCAUCAAGGAAGUAAACAAUAUAAGUUGGCAUACAUUUUAUAAAAAAAUGAAAAAGAAAUAGAGAUUACAUAUGAUGGUUUAUCAAGGAAGGAGAAUGAGGUAUAAUAUGUAUAUUAAAAGUAUAUAGACAAUAAAAUUAUCGUAAAAUAGGAUAAAUUUUGCUAGAAGAUUUACAUUAAGUAAGUAAUUAUUUAGAUAAAAAAGAUUUCACAGGAGAAGAUUUUAGAUCAAGUAAGACCUAAAGAGAUUAUCUAAAAUAUUCAAGAGAGGAAUGUGAGAAAAAUACAAAGGAAUUAAUUUAAAUAAUGUAAAAUAAUUUUUAAGGACUUUCUCCAAUUGAAAUAUGUUAAUCUGUACGUGUAAGACAAUUCAUUUGGUUAGACAUGAUACUUUCUAGUGAAUUUUCAUCAAAAGAAUUGUCUAUAGCAUUGGAAUAUAUAAAAACUUACUAUAACUUUAUAAAGUGGUAUUUUGAACAGUUUCCAAAGUACUUUGCAGAUGUAAACAAAUAUUCUCACUAACUCAGUAUAUGAGAUUCCAAAACAAUUAAGAAUUGUACAUCCUAGAUGAACGAGUGUCAAUAGCAGCAUGUCUUUAAGAAGUGUGUGAAGCCUUUUGUAUGCUAUUUGGUUCCAUAUGGAGAGUUUUGAAGCCAGAAAAUUCCUUUUUCUAUGUACUCCAAUUAGAAUUAAUUAUAAGUUGAAUUACGAUAAUUUGUAGUAGUAAUUGGAUAAAUUCUUUCCAUCAACAAAUACAUAAGGUUUUGCAACGAGUCCUAACAUUGAAGAUUGGAAACUCUAUUCAGGUGCUACUGAUAUAAUGAAAUCCAUUAAGAAGACUUGGCCAUUUUAUUUGAGAACUAUGUCAUUUUUUAGAUCAAAAGGAGGAUUAUAAGCUUGGGAAGGAUUAUUAAAAUAAUAGGAAAAUUCUGAAUAUAAUUAUAUUCCUCUCAAAGCUAUGAAUAGAAUUGUAAUUACGUAGUAAUAUUUAUCAUCUUAUUAUUAAUUGCCAGAAUAGAUAACUAUGGCAAAGAAGACAUUUGAAUGGUUAUAAAAUAGAGUAAACAAUUUGACUGUUUAAGAUAUUAAAGAUACAGAUAUUGAUUAAAUUAAAGAACUUACUUCAGAAUAUUAAUACUAUUUUUCAAAAUGUUAUCCAGAAGAUUAACUUAAUAAAUUGACUGAUGAAAUAUAAUUCUAAUUGUCUUUGAAAUUUUUAAAAUCUUCAUUUUUAGAGAAGAGAGUUAAGGGUAUAAGUGAAAUUAAAGAUUUUACAGAAAAACUUAAAUUUGAAUAAUAGACAAAUUAAAAAUUUAGAAGUUCAGUAAAUAAAGAUGAUUUAAUUGGAUGGAUAACAUAAAAUCGAAUAUUGGAUUAUACACUUUUAGGAGAUUCUGUUCAUCCAGAAUUGAUUAAGAGAUCAAGUGAUAUAGCAGUAUUCUUAUGUAGAAAUCAAGCAUUUCCUAUAGAUUAUAUAGAUAAGAUAUGGACAAAUAAUUAUGAUAAACAUGAAACUACUUAAUUAGCUUUAUAUGAGUUUUUUAAGAUUGUUUCACCAUAUUUAAGUUUUUUAGGAAUUGAAAAACUAUAUAAUCACAUUUCUGCUAUUCCCUACUCUAAAUAUAAUGAAAAUGUUGUAAGUAUGAUCAAAACAUUUACUGAAUCAGCAUUAUCACAGAAAUUUCAUGAAUAGCAAUUACAAUUGAAAUCAGAAAAUAGAUAUAUGACAUUUAAUUAACUAUGGGAAUUAUUGCUAGAUCGAGAUGAUUAAUUAACAAAUAAUCUAAUUUAAGAAUAAUGUUUUUCUGCAGCUAGACAAAUCAUUUCAUAAAUUCCAUAAACUAAAUAAUUCAUCUCCUAUUAUUUUAGUAAAUGCUUUGAAUUAAUAGGCAGUCAUUAAUCUGUCUAUUAAGCCAUUAGUUUUGUGCACUAUUUCUUAGACAAAUAAUUUAAAGAUGAUUUUAAUGGCAAAAGAGAAUUGAUACAAUCUACAGAUGAUAAAUAUAAUAUAAUUGAACUCUUUGUUAAAGAUAUUGAAGUCUAUAUGGAUAAAGUUAGAUCAUAUUUUAAAAAUGAAAUCCCUUAAGAUAUAGUGAUUAAUGGAGUUUAAAAGUUUAGUUAAAAUGUUUUCUUUAGAUUACAAAUGCUUAAUUAUCUACUCAUAUAGACUCAUCUUAAAAUUAAUUAUGAUUAAAGUGUAAGAUUAUGGGAGGCUUUAUCUGCAAAAACAAAAGGUGGAAUCUAAAAAAAAGAAUUGAAUAAGAUACUAAUUAAUAAUUAAUCAAUGGAUAUUAAUUCAUUUAGAAUUUGUGAUUACUAUUUUGAUAAAGAAGGUGAAUCCAAAUUCUUCAAAUCAGUUUUAUGUAAUCCUGAUAGAAAUGAUUUCGAAAAGUAUCUUUUUAUUUAUAUUAUUAGUUAUACAAUUGAAGAUUUUGAAUUGUUUUAAGUUUUCUUUAAAUCAUAUAACCAAUCUCGCCAAAUCAUCAAAUAUUUUAGCAACUCUUCUAGGUUUUUAGUAAAUGAUCACAAUUUUGAAGGUAAAUCAGCAAUUUGGCAUAUCUUUGCUAAGGUUGAAGAUCAAUAUCUUUUAGAAUCAAUCUCAUAUUUUAUUAUUAAUCUGUAUACACAAUUUAAUUAAACUCUUGAUUAAUAAUCAGAUAAAAUCUAUUAAGAAAUGAUGGACAAAUGCUUAGAUUUAAUUCAAUAAUAAUGUCCAAGUUUAACCACUAGAUCAAUUAAUCUUUUACUAUAAUUAUUCAACUAUUUUUAGAGUGGACCUCCUUCUAAGAAAUCCUCUAAACCUUAAAAUUAUAUUCAAUUCAAAGUAUAAUUUUUGUAACCCAAUAAUUUUAUUAAAAAUCUUGAAUUUAAAGAAGGGGAUACUACUACUAUCAAUUAAUGGAAAUAAAAAUUAGCAGAAGAUUUAUAAGUUGCAUAUUUAUAAUUAGAUAUUACUCUUGAUAAUCGUCCUAUUGAAUAUUUAUUUGAUAUUGUUGAAACCCUUGUUAGUCAAGCCUUUUAUUAAUUAGCUAUUGUGAGAGUUAAAAUUAAUAAUAAGAACCAUCCUAAAAAUUAUCUUUCUCAAGAAUAACGUACAUUUGAAAUUUUAUUUAAAUUGCUUGACAAACAAGAAAGCAUUGAAUUUUUGACUUAAGUUUGGGAUCUAAUCAAUAGGUUACCAACUAAUAUUAUUAAGAAAAGGUAAGUUGAAUUAUGUAAAGAUUGGAAAUAGUAUUUAGACCAUCAAUUCUUUGAUAUGUUUUAUGUAUUAUAAAUCAUAUAAACAUUAUUAGAAAACGAAUAAUGGUGUGAAUAAUUCAAUAAUUGUGAAGGUGUUGAUUUGAUUACUUAAAGAUUUUUAGGAUAACAAUUACAAUUUCAAUAACGUCCUCUUGAAAUCAAAUGUUGCUUGACUUAUUUAGAAAUUUUAAGUCAUCCUUAAAUUAACAUUUAAGAAUCCUAAUUAAUUGAAUAAAUUAAGUCUAAAAUUAUUGAAAUUAUUCAACAAUUAUGUGUCUAUAUUAAAACUAAAAAAAAGGUAGAAGCUGGAUAAAGGAAAUCACCUUAAUAAAAGGAAAUGAAUGAGAUUGAAUCGCGUUUACUUAGAAAAUGUUUUUUUUAAUUAGAUAAAGACGGAUGCAUAUAAUACAUUAAUAAUUCUGAAUUAAAAUCAUAACUAUAUUCUUUCUUUGUUGAACAUGAUAAUUAAGAACUAAAGAAAGAAUAUAGCUUAUAAUUAUUAAGUUUAAGAAAUUCUCCAGAGAGUAAACUUUUAAUUAGAACUGUUUUAGAAUAAGUUCUAAAGGAUGUAAUAUCAAAUAAAAAGUAAAAAUGCGAGCAUUACUUUGAAUUCUGCUGUAAUUUAUUAUAAUAAGAAUAAAACUUGAAUAUAUAAAAUUUAGACUAUGAAGAAUUAUUAACAUAUAUUAGAUAGAAUUUGGGAUAGUUACCUUUUAAUGAAAACACUAUAAAAGAUUAAGACCAAAUUUUGAUAGGUUUAUUAAAAUUAUUGAAUGUUUUAAUAGAUAGAAUUCCUUCAUUGUCAACUAAUUAAGGAUUAUUUGAAUAAUUACUUAGUUAUUUAUUUGAAAAUGAAGGAGAAACAAGAUGUAAAUGUAAAUCAUAAUAAUCUCGAACAGCUGGAUUUAAUUGUUUUUUUACCUUAUUAAAAUCUCCAUAGAAUAUGUAAAAGUUUUUGGAUAGAGUAUCUCCAUUGCAUUAUACACAUACUUGGAGAACAAAGAAUUUCAAUGAUUGGAAUAUAUAGAGUAAAUUUCAUGAGAAAUCAUCUACAGGAUAUGUUGGACUAUAUAAUUUAGGAUGUAUUUGUUAUAUGAAUUCUUUACUUCAAUAAUUAUAUAUGGUUCCUGCUUUUAGAGAAAAGUUAUUAUAAAUUGAAGAUAAGAGUACAGGUGCAUUAGAAGAGAAUUUAUUACAUUAAUUGAAGUGUUUAUUUUUAGCAUUAAAACAUUCUUAAAAACAAUAUCAUAAUCCAAAGAAAUUCUGUCAUGCAUUUAAAGAUUUAGAUGGGAAUCCAACAAAUAUAUUUGAAUAAAUGGAUGUUGAUGAAUUUUGUAAUUUAUUAAUGGACAGAAUAGAAUUAAAUAUUAAGUCAACUUCUGAAGAGGAUUUAGUUAAAAAAAACUUUGGAGGAGUCUAAUCUAAUGAGAUUAUAGGAAAGACUUGUCCUCAUUAUUCAGAGAGAGAAGAACCUUUCUUUGCUAUUUCUUUGCCUGUGGCUAAUAAAAAGAAUUUAGAAGAGUGCUUAUAAACAUUAGUUUAAGGAGAUUUACUAGAAGGAGAAAAUGCUUACAGUUGUGAAUAAUGUAAUAAAAAGGUAAGUGCUUUAAAGAGAACUUGUAUUAAAAAAUUACCUGAUCAUUUAAUUUUAGUUUUGAAGAGAUUUAAUUUUGAUUUUGAUUCAAUGGCGAAAGUAAAAAUAAAUGAAAGAAUUGAAUUUCCAUUUGAAUUAGAUCUAUUGCCUUACUCACAGCAAGGAUUAAGAUAAUAAGAAAAUAGAUAAAAUACUUAAAAUGAAUAAGAUAACCCAUAAGAAUAUUAUCAAUAUAGAUUAACAGGAGUUGUAAUUCAUAUUGGCUCAGCUGAUUGUGGUCAUUAUUAUUCAUUUAUUUAAGAUAGAUAAGAUUUAAAUAAAUGGUAUGAGUUUAAUGAUAUAACUGUAUCACCUGCAGAUAUUAAGGAUGUCAAAAAUGAUGGAUUUGGAGGUUUUGAUAGAUUUCUAAAAUCUAAAUAUCCAACCUAAUUUAAGGAUAAGUCAAAAAGUGCUUAUAUGUUAUUUUAUGAAAGAAUUAAACCUUUAAACAGCAAAUAAGAAUUGAUGGAUAUUGAAAAUGAUUAAAAAACUACAUAAUUUUUAGAUGAAAUAAAAGAUGAAAAUAGAAAGUUUUAGAUUUAAAGAUUUAUAUUCAGUCCUGAAUACUUUAUUUUUAUUUAGAAUUUAAUAAAAUUUGAAUUGUCAUAAAAUUAAGUUACCGAACAAAUUGUUAAAACUCUUGUUUUCUUUUAUUUGACAUGUGCAGUAAGAGAAAAUGAUAAAACCUUCAUUUCUAAUAAUAUAUUAGAUAUUUAAGAACUUUUAAGAAGAGCUCCUAAUACAUGUGAAUGGUUAUUAAAAUGCUUUUCUUAAUAUCAUUACAUAAGAGAAUUUUAAUUUGAUUGUUCAAAGAAGAUGGUCAGAAAAUUUGUUAUUACUUUGAUUUUGACUGCAAUUGAAACUAUUCAAAAAUAAGAAGGAUAUUCAAUUUUGAAUGAAUAUGAAGAUGAUAAGCCAAAAUCUUUGGUAGCUUCUUUAAUAAAUUCUUGGAUUCUAAUGAUUCCAGAUUUAAAGAAGAGUCUCAAAAAUUCAAUAGAAUAUUAUGAUCUAUUUUAUAGAUUUGCUAAAUUAAGUUAGUACAAUUCGUAAUAUUUGAUUUCAAUAAAAAUAGUAGGUAAAUUUUUAGAUCUUUUUACUGAUGCUUUAUAAAUAAAUGUUAAUAAAAUAAAUUUAGUAAAUAAAGAAUCUGUAAGAAAAAUGGAUGAUCUAAAAGUAAUUAAAUAUUCAGAAGAUUAAAAUAUAUUCUUAGGAUAUUAAAAUAUAUAAAAUGUUGAUUUAGCAUCUAAUUAUUAUGAUGAACUUCUUGAAAAGAAAUUCGAAAAGUCUAUGAAUUCUGGUCCAUCUACUAGUAGAAUGUAUAUGUGGAGAUUAAUAGCUUUUUUGCUUAAAACUGAAGGAAAGAAUGCUUUGAGCAUUGAAGAAUAAUAACUAUUAUAAUUUGAUAAUUCUAUUUUGAUGGCAAUAUUAGAAGAAGGUGAUAAUAAAAUGGCAAUUAGGAUGAUAUCUGACAUUCUUUCAGUUCUAUCCUAUGAAAAUCAAAAAUAAACUGAAUUGAUUCUUAUAGCAAUAAAUAAAUAAAUAAUGGAUAAGGAAUAUAAAGAGUACAGAAAAUAUUUAGUAGUUUUAAAAAGACUAUUUAAUAUAAAAGAUUAGCUUUAAUUAAUGAGAGUAAGAUAAUAAAAAUAUAUUAUUAGAUUCAUUAAGGAAUGACUAAAUUAUUGGAAAUUAUGUAAAAAUAAUCUCAAUAUUUUUUCGAAACAGAUGUGUGUUAAUAAUACAUCUUGAGAGUAAUUUAUUUAUUUUAAUGUAGAUGGUUUUUAGAAAUCAAGCUGUAUAUUAAUGGAUGGUUAAAAAUUAAAGAGUGUGGUAAUGGAUUAUUGAAACUAAUAAUACACAAUCAAAUCCAAAUGAAAAACUCAUAUAAAAUAAUUCUAAUUCUUAGAAAUGUAAUCAUAGAUUGCAUAAAAUUUAUUUACCAAUAACAUCCUAAGCUUAUGCUAGAUUAUUGAAUUGGAAAAAAUAAUAAUUUUUGAAUUUAGCAAAAGAACCAUUUAAAUAAAAUGAAGAUUUUGAUACUGAUGAUGAUUUAUCAGAGAAAACUGUAAAUGUUGAAGAUAAAAUAGAUUAUUAGUAAAUAUUUAAUUUAUUUAAAAGUGAUCAAAAUUAAUGGAUUACCGCAACUGUAAGUAAAGUUAUGGCAGAUUAUAUUCAUUUAACAUUUAGUGGUAAAAUGGCACCUCAAAGUAUAGAUGUAGAAUUGGAUAAUGAAAGAUUAGCUCCAUUUAAUACAUUAUCAUCCAAUAAUAAAAUACCAGGUAUUUAAAUAUAUUUGAAAUCAUUAGGAUAUAAUAACAAUUCCUAAGAGAUGGCUAUUGAAAAUUAAUCUGACCAUGAUAAUGACACUGAAGAGGGUAAUAAUAAUUCAAUUAAUUAAUCUGAUUCAGAUGAAGAAUGAAAUUAAAUAUCAAUAAAGUAUUACAAUAAGCAG